UAAUAAUCAUCUCUAUUUGUCAAGUAAAAUGUAUGAUGACUGGUCUGGCCUAGUGGGCAGUGACCCUGCCUAUAAAGCCGAUGGUCCCGUCCCGGGUUCAAAGUUCUAAUGAUGGAAUCCAUGAAGAAUUGAGGGAACACUUAAAGUCUUAUGGGUACACAUAUAGUGAUUUUUGUGGUUUUUGUUUACAAAUUAAGCAUUUUCAUCCAAAAACUGGCAAUUAGUGUAGUGGAACUGCUGAUUAUAAACAGAACGAAACUCCCUAACUACGUAUUUACCGUUUGAGUAUUUGUUUUAAUUUGUCCUCUUUGUAGAGCAACUAAGGUGAUGAAAAUGAAAACGAUGAAAAUCAGAACGAAUACUUUAAAUUGAACAUUCUAAUGUAAGGGCACGCUGCCGUCUCAAAUCGAGAAAAGUGGGACAUUGCUAAUUUCGCCUUCGAUAGGGAAUGAUUAAAAAAAAAUAUAACUUCAAAAUCAGUAUUAACGUUAAAAAAAUGAAAACUAUGAUGUUUAGAGAAAAAACUUUCACUUAUUUCUAUUUUAAAACGAGCUGCAGCUGUGGAAAUGCCUAGCGAUUGAAUUGUGAAAAUUAAAAAUGAUGCUCGGUUUCGUUUUUGAUACAAUUUUUUUUUCUCCAUACAUUAUAAUUUUCCUUUUUAAAUAUUUGUUUCCUGACGCUACCUAAUAAAGACCGCCGUUGGAGGCGCUUAUUCUCAUGACUUACAACUUGUCCAAUAUAAGUGAAUCCGUAUACGUAUCGUAACUAUGAAUAAACAAGGUUCACACUUUUAUAUUGGUUAUCUUGAGUCGUGCGCUCGGUGAACGAUUGGAAUAUAUAAAUACCAGGAGUAACUACGAAUUACCAGUGAUUACAUUAUCUCUUGUCAAGCGUACUUGUCUUUUCCGAAAAACCAUCAGAAGUGAAACCUCGAGGAGAUCCCUAUCAACUGAGAUCAUAUCGUUAUACUGGUUUUCUCGAGGCGACACGUUAGUUGAACAUAGUGAAUAGUCGACCAGGGUUUCAGAAGUAAAAAACGAGGGUCAAUUUCAUGCUUUAAAAAUAUGAUAGUCAAUCAUUUGAUAUUAAUCUCAGUGUAACUCGCUCGCUCAGAUAUUUGCUUGAAGUGAGAGACGGUCUAAGAUUAGGUAAUAUCAAAUCAUUGUAUUUUUUAAAAAUCGAAAUGACUUAAUAUCACUUUAAGACGACAAUGUAAGAAGUAUGUACGUCUCGCCUACACAUUUGUAUAAUGUUAUUAGUUUUUCUCUGUUGCACCUCGAGGAAUACGCAAAAUAUAGGGGUCUCGCUUGCGCAGCACUGUUAACUAUAUUUGGUUAUCCCUGUUGCUCGUUGUGCACAUGUACAUUAUAAUGGUGUGUAGUAUUUGCAAAUGAUGGGUGCUGGACCAGAUUUUAGUUUUGUCAACUAUUAACGUCACAUAUCUACCCCUUUUACUUACAUUAAUGCCGCUAGGCCACCAGCGCUUUUUAGGGUUCCGUAGCCAAAUGGCAAAAACGUCAUAAAAUUUAAACAAAACAAACAUGGGGGGGGGGGAUAUCUAUGGAUAGGUCUUCAAAAAUGAUAUUGAAGUUUCAAAUAUCAUUUUUUUUCUAAACUGAAUAGUUUGCGCGGGAGACUUCCAAACUGGUAAAAUGUGUGUCUCCCCCCUGUAACUUCUAAAAUAAGAGAAUGAUAAAACUAAAAAAAAUAUAUGAUGUACAUUACCAUGCAAACUUCCACCGCAAAUUGGUUUAAAUGAGAUCUAGUAAGUAGUUUUUUUUAAUACAUCAUAAAUGGUAGGGAACCCUUCAUGGACGAGUCCGACUCGCACUUGGCCGCUUUUUUUUCAAAUAUCACCACGUAUCGUUUUACAGCGCUCAAAUAUCACCAUAAAACUAACAUUGGAGUAUGAUGCCAGGUUAUUUUCUGAUCGAAUCGGUCGAUUUGAUCAUCCCGUCUGGGUGCCUCCAUUAUAUGGGUGUUUACUAUACUAUAAAAACCGGUUAAAGUGCCAAUUACAUCCAAACUUUAUCAGGACCCGAUUUCGGGCCCGAAAAAAAAUAUUUUUCCGUUUCACUAAAUAUCAGCACAUCAUUUACAAUAUUUGAAAUGUAAAAAAAUGGUUCAUAUGCAAAAAUAUCAAACAUUGAACAUUUUUGGCAAUUAGAGACAAAUUAUUUUUAACAUUUCAAAUAUUGUUAACGAUGUGCUGAUAUUCCGUGAAACGAAAACGAUUAUCAUGCCCGAAAUCGGGACUGAUUUCGGACCCGAAAUCGGGAACAGGAAUGUAAUUGGCGCUUAAGUGCAAGUCAGACUCGCCCACGAAGGGUGGGCAGCCUGGUGACAGACAGAUAGACGGACAGUGGAGUAUUAGUAAUAGUUUUUACGUUUACGGUACGUUUUUACCCUUUGGGUACGGAAUCCUAAAAAUGUGACUUAAGCAGCAAAAAUGUGACUUUUAGGGAAACGAAACGUAACUUAUGACUCCAGAGCCCUGGCAACACUGCCCGCUCCAGUCAGUCCCGCGCAGUCGACGCGUUCACACGCCGCCCGUGAGCCCGCCAGCUGUGCGCGCGCGUACGUCCGAACGUCGUCAGUACGAAGUAUGCAACAAUAGAAUGCAAUGCGCCGAUUAUUGCAGAUGUGGUUCGCGGGAGCAGUCAUCGAGUGUGACAGCAGGUCUGGAGCAAGUUAUGUCACAGUUAGUGGCUCUGAACAGUAGACCAACGUCAUCGAAACAGGUAUGGGAUUUACCAGGAUUUUCUGGACUCACGAGUGAAUGGACGACAUUUCACACUGCUUAUAUAGAAUCCACUGCUCGAUAUAAGUUUACUAACUGGGAGAACCUAUCCCGGUUGCGACACUGUCUUAAAGGCGAAGCUAGAGACUGUGUGCUACAUAUGUUGGCAUCAUCCGCUGAUCCAGAGCUAAUAAUAAGAGUCUUGAAGAAAAACUUUGGCAGAUCGGACCUUUUGAUAUAUAAAGCCCUAAACGAACUACGUAAAUUGCCUAACCUAGGGCCUAGUGCAGUGGAUUUGAAUGAUUUUGCCAUUAAAGUAGUGAACAUUGUGACGACACUUGCAAGUUUAGACCGACGUGCGUAUGCAGGUAAUCCGUUUCUUAUACGUGAAAUUACAGAACGCCUGUCACCCCACGUCCGAUCGCGCUGGUGCCAGUAUGCAGAAGAAAAGCUCGAGCAGGCUGAGAGCGAGCUCACGCUCAUGGUCAACUUUCUGCUCGACAUCAGCGACAAGGAAUUGCAGUACAGCCAUGCGCGCGGAAGCGUCAAUCGUCGCAGCGCGCCAGCGCCUAUGCGUGAGGACAUACGCGUAGGCCGGAGAACCUCAGCGUCAAACCCUCAGCCGUCAAAUGGUGGAGCGAUCCGCAAGUAUAACUCAAGUCGUGUGCAAACGUAUACCACUGACAAAUUAGAACCUUGCCUUUGCUGUGGUGGCGUGCACACUGCUACAAAUUGUAAACGUGUAUUAGAUAUGAGUGUUGCGGCUCGAUGGGAAUGGGCGAAAGAUAAUAAGAUUUGUUUUAAAUGUCUUAACAGGAGACACAGGCGUGGCAACUGCAAGGCGGGUGUAUGCGGAGAGCGAGGAUGCCAGCACCCGCAUCACCCGCUGCUGCAUGAUGAAUCUAUACUCCUACGAAGGGAACUACAAUCUUCACGGCGUGACGAAGCGGCCUCAGCUACGCCUGCCAGCGCGCCCAUCGAGCCCGAGCGCGCACAGAGAGAGCACACGUUGACGACGGCGGAAAGAGAGGGGGCACUACCGGCUCACCACUUCGUGCUGAACACAGAGCACCAAGAGCCGUCAGACGUUUUGCUUAAGGUAAUACCUAUACUUUUAUCUGGACCGACAGGCGAGAUCAAAUGCUACGCGCUCUGUGACGAUGGCUCGACUAUUAGUCUGUGCGAGGAUUCGAUAGCCGACGCCGUGGGUGCUGUGGGCGUGGAAGCGCCACUACACAUCAAUGGGAUUGGUCCCAUGUCAACAAUCGAGCCCAGCCGACGCGUGACGGUACAAAUACGCGGGCUGACCGGAGGACAUACCCAUCUCGUCAGACUUAGAACGGUAAAGAACCUAGGCAUUAACUCUCAACAAGUGCCAAGAACAUUAGUUAAGCAGUACGAGCACCUGAGAGGCCUGCAGGAGGCCACAUAUGACACCGCCACGCCUCGGGUACUCAUCGGGUCAGACAACUGGCAUAUGAUAUUUCCACUUGAGGCUCGUAUCGGAACAAGGAGAGAACCCGCUGCAGUUAGGAUAGAUCUUGGCUGGUUAAUAUAUGGACGCGCGCCGCAGACCCCGCGACGAGCUGAACGAGUGCUGCAUCUCUCACAAGCAAGCGAACGAGAUGGUGCGUUUGCUGUGACUGCAGACGUAGAAGAGAUGUUCUUGAGAAUCCAGAUCCGUGAAGAGGACAGAAACUCGCAGAUGUUCCUGUGGCGAGCGGCGCGUAGAAGCGGCGUCCCUGACGUGUACCGGAUGAGGUCAAUGGUGUUUGGAAUCGCGAGCUCCCCAUUCCUUGCACAUUCGGUAAGAAAUUAUAAUGCUUAUGCUUAUGAGAACCGCUACCCGAGGGCCCUUGAAGACAUAGUUAGAAACCACUAUAUGGACGACUACGUUUCAAGCUAUGAAAACGAAGCAGACGCUAUCGCGUACGCCGAAGAGGUAUCCGCUUGCCAUGCGCACGCUGGAUUUCAUCUCCGCGGGUGGUCUAGUAACUCGCCACUUCUCAUAGAACGGAUUCCAGAGGAACUACGAGCCGACACACCCGCACCGAUUGGCGAUAAGGAACAAAAGGUAUUGGGUCUAACCUGGGAUGCGAGGACAGACCAUCUCGGCUUCAACACUACCAUGAUCCGAGUCCCAAGCGAAGUUAAGGAACGUAAAAGGGCUCCAACGAAAAGAGAGACUCUCAGCGCAGUAAUGAGUAUAUAUGAUCCGUUAGGAAUAAUCUCUUAUUUCUCAAUUACAGUAAAGAUCCAGCUUCAGCGACUCUGGAGCCUGGGUUUGGAUUGGAACGCUCCGCUGCCACCAGACGAGUGUGAGGAGUUCCAGACAUGGCUGCGAGCGCUAGAACACGUCGGUAGACUGCGCAUUCCCCGCCACUACGGACCUAUGGAAAUGGUGAGACGAACCCUCCAUAUUUUCGUUGAUGCCUCCUCACAAGCAUAUGCAGCGGUCGCUUAUUGGCGUAUCGAAAGACGAGGGGAGGUCUACGUCAGCCUGAUCGUGGCAAAGGCUAAAGUGGGACCAACGCGCUCUAUUUCGAUUCCACGAGCGAAGCUACAGUCGGCCUUGAUCGGAGCUCGACUGAAGAAAACUAUCCUAGAGCAACACAGGUACGAGGUAGCGGAAGUCGUAAUAUGGUCCGACAGCCGAACAACACUCCAUUGGGUACGGGAAAAUGCACGCCGUUACAGCGCCUAUGUCUCGCACCGCCUGGGCGAGAUCGCUGAGCUCACGGAACCAGAACAGUGGCGAUGGGUGCCGACACGCCAGAACGUCGCAGACGACGCCACCCGAGCGGACAGCACACGUGAGUUUGACAUAACACACAGAUGGUUCCAAGGACCCGCUUUCCUACGGCUACCGACAACAGAAUGGCCACAAGAACCAUUGAACCAGCCAGAACCAGAGCUACAAGUACUGGAGGUCAAGCAGUGCUUUGUGAGUCGCGAGGUUGCCUCGCCACCGUUGCCUGAUGUGAGCCGAUUUUCAAGCUACGACCGUCUACUGGGUACCACUGCAAGAAUGUUGCAAUUUAUAGACAUUAUAAAAUCCAAAGCUACGAUGAAUUUACAAACCAAACAUAUUCUGGCCGCUGAACGUUUAUUAUUGCAGAGAGCGCAGAAGGAGGACUUCGCUGACGAGCUACGGAGCCUCCGCCGCGGCGAGCCUCUAACCAAAGGCAGCGCGCUCUUCGAACUGGACCCCGAGCUCGCAGCUGACAACGUGCUCCGCAUGCGGGGGCGCAUCGACGCCGCACCCGUGCCUAUCAACAAGAGUCCGGCCAUUCUACAUGGACGCAACCGGUUGGCCAGACUUAUUAUAUUUAGAAUGCAUAGAAGAGCGGCGCACGCUAAUAAUGAACGCGUUGUAAACGAUGUUAGACAAGAAUAUUGGAUAUUGCGCCUAAGACCGACUGUGCGUGCAAUCGCAAGCACUUGUCAACUCUGCCGCAUUAGAAAAGCGACUCCACGCGCCCCGCCUAUGGGAGAUUUGCCGCUGUCGCGCAUAGAGCCAUUUUGUAGACCCUUUACAAACACUGGUGUAGAUCUAUUCGGUCAUAUUACAGUUACCAUCGGGAGGAGACACGAGAAGCGCUGGGUGGCGCUCUACACCUGCCUGACGACCCGGGCGGUGCAUCUGGAGCUGGUGCAUUCCCUCAGCACUGACUCCGCCAUCAUGUCACUUCGUCGCAUGGCCGCGCGACGGGGCUGGCCCCGCACUAUGUGGAGCGACAACGGAACCAAUUUCCGUGGCGCUACGGCUGAGCUACGGGCUGCCUAUGAAGAAUGGCUGCCCGCACUGCAGCAGUACGGCCUGCAGUAUCGCUUGGACUGGCGAUUCAUUCCCCCCGGAGCCCCGAACCAAGGCGGCGCCUGGGAGCGGAUGGUCCGCUCUGUGAAGACUGCUCUCAUGGCGACGCUACACUCGCGAGCGCCCAAGGAAGAGGUGCUUGCGACUCUACUGGCCGAGGCCGAGGCGUGCGUUAACGCUCGGCCUCUCACACAUGUCUCGGUCGAUCCACGCGAUCCCGAGGCACUGACACCGAACCAUUUCCUGCUCAACGGCCCCACGGGGACUCCUCUCACUGGCCCCUGUGGCGAGGUCAACCGACGAGCCUGGAAAGUCAGCCAGGCACUCGCCGACUCCUUUUGGCGUCGCUGGGUGCGCGAGAUCUUACCUACCCUCGCCCCGCGACGAUCUUCAGCGACGGGCGAGCGACCACUGGCGGGCGGCGACCUAGUCAUCGUCGUCGACCCCUCAUUACCCACGCAACGUAUGGCCACGAGGCGUGGUUGAACGAGUUUACCCGGGCCCAGACGGUGGCAUUCGCAGCGCGGAGGUGCGGACCAAGGGCGGCACCUUCAAAAGACCCACGACCAGGCUGGCUGUCUUGCCGGUCGAUCCAGAGUCGACGUAGCAAGUCGACGAGGGGAGUGUGGGCGACAGCCGACACGCAAUCGAAUGUAUGUUAUUAUUCCGUAUAUAACCCUAAGUUAUAAAUUCCUUACUUAAGUUGUAAUAGCAAAAAUAAAGAUCUUUAUCAACGUAGGUAGCCUAAGACCUAGGUAGACUAUGUAUUAUGUCUAAGUUGUAAUGUAAAUUAAGACCUAAACUGAACCGUUAAUUCAGAAUAAGCCCUAGAACCUUUCUUGAUCCCAGUCAUGAAAUAAUGAGCCCGAUUAUGCCUAUACUUUAUAUUACGUGGUUAGAGCGAGAGAAUGUGAGCUAAACAGGUAAUACAUAGGAAUGGUAAAUUUCCCCAAAAUAAUUGGGGAAAAUCUUUGGUACUCAUACCUACUUCAAGCCUGAACCUGCGGGUAAAAGUACGUAUGGGUAUCAUUGUGGAAAAAGGUAACGGUUAUGAUCUAGGUAAAAUCUAGACUUUCACCUCUCUCCUUGAACCGUAGGAUGAGAUAAUAUGCAUAACACGUGCCGAACUGACAGAUUUGGCUCAUUAAAUCUGGACUUUGUAGCUAAACCGUAAUCAUGCGCUCGUUUAAACUAUUGCAAGCUUAUAGAACUUAAUUAGACUCGUCUAAAAACAUAUAGUUAUAUAACCCCACGAUUUAGCUCGAAGUAGGAAGCCUAGAUAAUUACCAAAUGGAAAGACAAAAUGUAGGAAAAUACGUCUAAACUUGUGCAUUUUUACGCAGCAACGUGGACCAAUCACAGACGCUAAACCGCUCGCGUUAGUUAAUGUGACAAAGUUAUAACAAUUCCGUUCGAGCGGCAUUACCAUCAUGAGAGCCGCUAAUCCUUGCCUGUGAUUGGCCCAAAUUUAUGCCGCUAAAACAUACAAAUAUGGGUGGACUGGAAAAAGCCAGUCAGUCAGCUGCCCACACCGUCCCCAAAAUGACGGCCAACAGACCACCCCACCAGUCGGUGGGGAAGCGACCCGCGACAGCCGCCGCAGCCAUUGUGCGGUAGCGGCCCCUCAUACCCCCCUGACGGGGGGUAUCGACAGAUCACUCAUGCAAGCCAGUCAGUCGCCAUUCCGGACCCGAAAUAAGUGAACGUAAACCUAAGUGCUUAAGUUGAUCGUAAAACUAUAACUUGUGAGAACCUAUUAAUAAGAUCCAUUUGUAAAAUCA